CGCCGCGGCUCCCGGGAUGCGCGGAGGCGGCGGCGAUGGCGAUGAUGCCUCCAGUCCUGCAUCAUCCAGAGCGGCAGGCGGAGCUGGGGUCGGGACUGCGAGAUGGAGGAGGAGGGGCGGCGCUGCGGCCACCCGGCAGGCUUAUCUGCCUUGGACCACUUUUGUCACAUAUUGUUCAUCUGUGAGUUGAGGCCCUGACUCCUUUCUCACCGAGUAUUUUUGGGGAGCAGAAGGAGGAGACAUUUCUCUCUGAAGAUGAACUCAACAGACCACCUUCAGGAUGCCCCCAAUGCCACCUCGCUCCAUGUGCCUCACUUGCAGGAAGGAAACAGCACCUCUCUGCAGGAGGGUCUUCAGGAUCUCAUCCACACAGCCACCUUGGUGACCUGUACUUUUCUACUCACGGUCAUCUUCUGCCUGGGUUCCUACGGCAACUUCAUUGUCUUCUUGUCCUUCUUCGAUCCAGCCUUCAGGAAAUUCAGAACCAACUUUGAUUUCAUGAUCCUGAACCUGUCCUUCUGUGACCUCUUCAUUUGUGGAGUGACGGCCCCCAUGUUCACCUUCGUGUUAUUCUUCAGCUCAGCCAGUAGCAUCCCAGAUGCUUUCUGCUUCACUUUCCAUCUCACCAGUUCAGGCUUCAUCAUCAUGUCCCUGAAGACAGUGGCAGUGAUUGCCCUGCACCGGCUCCGGAUGGUGUUGGGGAAGCAGCCGAAUCGCACGGCCUCCUUUGCCUGCACCUUACUCCUCACCCUGCUUCUCUGGGCCACCAGUUUCACCCUUGCCACCUUGGCUACCUUGAAAACCAGCAAGUCUCACCUCUGUCUUCCCAUGGCCAGUCUGAUUGCUGGAAAAGGGAAAGCCAUUUUGUCUCUCUAUGUGGUCGACUUCACCUUCUGUGUGGCUGUGGUCUCUGUCUCUUACAUCAUGAUUGCCCAGACCCUGCGAAAGAACGCUCAAGUCAGAAAGUGCCCCCCUGUAAUCACAGUCGAUGCUUCCAGACCACAGCCUUUCAUGGGGGUCCCCGUGCAGGGAGGUGGAGACCCCAUCCAGUGUGCCAUGCCGGCUCUGUAUAGGAACCAGAAUUACAACAAACUGCAGCACGUUCAGACCCGUGGAUAUACCAAGAGUCCCAACCAGCUGGUCACCCCUGCAGCCAGCCGACUCCAGCUGGUAUCAGCCAUCAACCUCUCCACUGCCAAGGAUUCCAAAGCCGUGGUCACCUGUGUGAUCAUCGUGCUGUCAGUCCUGGUGUGCUGUCUUCCACUGGGGAUUUCCCUGGUACAGGUGGUUCUGUCCAGUAAUGGGAGCUUCAUUCUUUACCAGUUUGAAUUGUUUGGAUUUACCCUUAUAUUUUUCAAGUCAGGAUUAAACCCUUUUAUAUAUUCUCGGAACAGUGCAGGGCUGAGAAGGAAAGUGCUCUGGUGCCUCCAAUACAUAGGCCUGGGUGUUUUCUGCUGCAAACAAAAGACUCGACUUCGAGCCAUGGGAAAAGGGAACCUCGAAGUCAACAGAAACAAAUCCUCCCAUCAUGAAACAAACUCUGCCUACAUGUUAUCUCCAAAGCCACAGAAGAAAUUUGUGGACCAGGCCUGUGGCCCAAGUCAUUCAAAGGAAAGUGUGGUGAGUCCCAAGAUCUCUGCUGGACAUCAGCACUGUGGUCAAAGCAGCUCAACCCCCAUCAACACGCGGAUUGAACCUUACUACAGCAUAUAUAAUAGCAGCCCUUCCCAGGAGGAGAGCAGCCCAUGUAACUUACAGCCAGUAAACUCUUUUGGAUUUGCCAGUUCCUAUAUUGCCAUGCAUUACCACACCACUAAUGACUUAAUGCAGGAAUAUGACAGCACUUCUGCCAAGCAGAUUCCAGUCCCCUCCGUUUAAAGUCACAGAGGCUAUAGGAUCUUAUGUAGACAGUCUUUGUUUCUGAUACUAACUGACUUUAUUCUAACUUUGAGAUCAAUGGCAGAUCGAAACUUAAAAGAUUCAACUGAAAAGCUGGCAGUUAUGAUUUUCUUUCGUUCAAUGUGUCCGUAUCUGUUGAUUUGCUUUGUAGUUUAUUGACAUCUUAAGAUUUGAUGUGAAAGUUUUAGAUUUUUACCCUGAGCUUUGCCUCAGUCUUUUGUACCUAACCUUUAAAUAGAUGCCAGGAAUGAAGCUACGGUGUUAAAAGUCAACUGAUUAUCAUGAUGUGAGUCAAUGUUAUGUGUCUUCAAAAUAAGAUAUUGGCUGGAUCUUUUUUAAAGAAUGUGACAGUAGGAUUUUUGCUGAGAUGUUAUUUUUAUUAACUGAAUUGUAGAUUUUGAUUUUUUUGAAGUGUCGAAAUAGGGAACACUACACCUUUUUGGUAGCAGGUUGAUUUGAAUAAAUAAUAUAUUGUUAGCUGGGUGCAGUGGUGUGCAGCUGUCAUCCCAGUUACUUGGGAGGCUGAGGCAGGAGGAUCGCUUGAGCCCAGAAUUAUAAGUCCAGCCUGGGCAAUGCAGCAAGACCCUGUCUCUAAAAGAAAUUUAUAUAUUCUUAAAGCAGAAAAGGAAAUAACUCUGUCUUUAACAGAAACACUCACACAGGCAUUAGGUAGUUUUCUUUCAUAGGACAGUCAACUGAGAAUAUAGUAUUAUGAUUAUUGCCAUUUCUUAUAGACAUAUUUUAUGUCACUUGAGUAGGUUUUCAGUUUUGGUUGUUUUUUUUUUUUUUUUUUUUUUUUUUAUAAAGACGGGGUGUCACCAUACUGGUCAGGCUGGUCUUGAACUCCCGACCUCAGGUGAUCCGCCCACCUUGGCCUCCAAAGUGCUUGGAUUACAGGCAUGAGCCACCAUGCCCGGCCGGUUUUCAGUUCUUUUGAAAAGAACUGUAUUUUGCUUGUAUAAAAGUGAAUUAUUUCGAGCCGGGUGCGGUGGCUCACGCCUGUAAUCCCAGCACUUUGGGAGGCCGAGGCGGGUGGAUCACAAGGUCAAGAGAUCGAGUCCAUCCUGGUCAACAUGGUGAAACCCCAUCUCUACUAAAAAUACAAAAAAUUAGCUGGGCAUGGUAGCACAUGCCUGUAGUCCCAGCUACUCAGGAGGCUGAGGCAGGAGAAUUGCCUGAACCCAGAAGGCGGAGGCUGUGGUGAGCCGAGAUCGUGCCAUUGCACUCCAGCCUGGUUAACAAGAGUGAAACUCCCUCUCAAAAAAAAAAAAUGAAUUAUUUCUUGUUUCUUUUGAGAUGGAGUCUCGCUCUGCCACCCAGGCUGGAGUGCAGUGGUACGAUAUCUGCUCACUGCAAACUCCACCUCCCACACUCAAGCGAUUCUCCUUCCUUAGGCUCCCAAGUAGGUGGGAUUAUAGGUGCCCGCCACCAUGCCCAGCUCAUUUUUGUAUUUUUAGUAGAGACAGGGUUUCAUCAUGUUGGCCAGGGUGGUCUUGAACUCCUGACCUCAGGUAAUCUGCCUGCCUUGGUCUCCCAAAGUGCUGAGAUUACAGGUGUGAGCCACCCCACCUAACCCAAAAGUGAAUUGUUUCUGAAUGCUCUUAUUCAAGAAGCCUACUGGAGUACUGCAUCUGUGGUAGAGAUACACUGUUCCUGGGAGAGUAGCACUGCUGUAAUCAUCUUAGUUAGUGUUCUGUGGAAAACAACGUGGACUCCUGUCACUCAUCGGGCAAUAUUUACUAUUGCUUAACAAGGUGUAGAGAUGGGAUUGGAAGUGUUUUGAUUUAUGUUUUCCUUCUGUGUGAGAAGAGUUUACUAACCACCUGACAGUAUUCAAGUAACUAUUUUAAAAUGACUUCAUUUUUUGUCUUUAUAUAUUACUAUGGUAGAAAAAUUCUCAAGAUAAUCUAUUUUCAGACUAAUUGUUUUAUUCCUCUCCCAUUAAUCUUAAACUGGAGAUCGACAGAAAGAAAAAAUAGAUUAAGUAUUUCUAUACCUGAAACUAAUUUUAUUAUAUGCUCUGCAAUUCCUAGCAUAACAACUGUGAACUCAUAUUUUUAUGUAAAAAUAUUUUCAUUAUACAGUUAAUAUUUGAACUCACUAGGUUUUUAAAUGUUAGACAUACAAGAUGAGCAUCAAAAUACAACACUUAUCUUUAUAAAUUGUCAUAUUCAAAAAUUAUUAUAGAUUGGAAGGUACUUUGUUUCUUUGAAUGAAAGGCUUUUUUUUCUUUCUUUCUUUUUUUUUUUUUUUUGUAGAGACAAAGUCUCACUCUGUCACCCAGGCUAGAGUGCAGUGGCAUGAUCUCAGCUCACUGCAACCUCCACCUCCUGGGUUCAAGCAAUCCUCCUGCCUCAGCCUUCUGAGUAGCUGGGAUUACAGGUAUGCACCACCACACCUGGCUAAUUUUUGUAUUUUUAGUAGAGAUGGGGUUUCACCAUGUUAGCCAGGCUGGUCUCAAAUUCCUGACCUCAUAAUCCACACACCUUGGCCUCCCAAAGUGCUGGGAUUACAGGCAUGAGCCACCACACCUGGCCUAUUAUCUCUUUUUAACAAAGAAGAAAUCUAAUAUUCUCUCCCAAGAUCACACAAAGAAUUAUGGCAAAUUAGGAAUUAGGUUUUUGUCUUAAUUCGAAACCUGAAAUUUACUCCAGUAUGCCCAAACUGCUUUAUAAUGAAUACAACAUUAAUCAAGAGUCACAUUUUUAUUUUUAUUUAUUUUCUUUUUCUAGGUCAGUGCAAAAGUAGUGAAUCACAUUUUUAAAGGCAUAUAUCUAUUUUUCUGGCUAGGCAUUUCAAAUGUGAUUUAAUAAAAGGUUAACACAAAAGUAAUUUCUGCUUAUAAAAUUUAAAGUGGCAGAUUUUCUGUGUGACAUUUGAGUUUGAGAUGAUUUGGCAUGAGGGCCAGCACCGGUAGGUAAAAAUUAUAGCACAAAGAAAACUAAGCAGGUGCAUAUGAGGUAUUGUCUCUUUAUGCUCAUCAAAUAAUUCUCUCCAAAAGUUUUAAAAAAAGAAAUUAUUGUUAUAAAUUGCAUGAAAUAUAUAGUGGGCUAGAUUCGUAGCCCCCCUCCAUAUCUAUAUCUCUAUACAUAGAUAUAGAGAUAUAGACAUAACUUGUUUCUUCAUAAGUUACAUAUGUCUGCCUCUGUGUCAUCAUAAUAAAGAUGUCAUGAUGAUACAGGUAGAGGUAGACAUAUAAAACUUAUCUCUUCAUAAGGGCUAAAAUGAGAACUAAAAGUAAUGAGAAUUCAGUUGAGUAUGAUUAAUUAGCAGGACAUGUUAAUUAGUUCUCUUGAUGCUUUACUGUGAUGCAAAGUUUGUGAUGUAUUUUAAACAUUUUAUAAUAAUUGUUCUUAUGUUAACCAUUAGGCAAGAUUUGUAUUUCUAAUGCUUUUAAUGUUCUUUUAAAAUAAUGUUUGGAAAAUAAAAAUAACUGAAAAUCUUAA